UUUUUUUAAUUUGCUUAUGAUUGAUCUGCGCUGAUUUUAUCAUUUCGUUUGUACUACUUGUUUACACAUUUUAUUUAAACGGCUUAUAUUGCCGUUUCACUAUUACGGUAUAAAGGAGAACUUAAGAUAAAUAUAACGAAAUAAUUGGCAUCAACAUAGUUUAGAUAUUAAUGUUUUAUUACUUUGAUUUUUAAGUAUCGUAUAUAUAUACCCAAAAGUACAUUUAUACUAUUUUUUUAUAAUAUUACAAGAACAACUAAUUUAGAUAAUUUUCCAAAAAUAUUUUGUUUGCAAAUUGCGACAAGCAGGAUAUAUAAUUUUUUGUGUAAUAAUAAAGUUUUAUUAUUUUAAUUUUCAUUCGUAUUUGUCGUUUUAUUUAAAUUUACAUUUAUGAUUUCAGAAGCAAUUGAUAGUUUCCAUGAAAUGUAAGUAAAUUUAUAUAAGAUGUAAUAGUAAAUUAAUUGUGGAACCAGUAGAAAAUAUAAUAUGAGUACAUAUGUAGGAUUUAAUUUAGUAAUAGUAAAUUAGUUAAACUUCAAAUUAUCUCAACGCUUAUGUGCAUGCUUACGCGUAUAUAUUCAUACACAACACAACUACAAAAUGUGCUACAUACAUACUUAAGUGCUUUUGAAACAUGCCUUAUCCAAAUGCAAAUUAUUGAACAGCUUAUAUAAUACAUAUGUAAAUAAGAGAUCUUGGCCAAUAAGUGUAAACAUUUUAAAUUGUAUUACUAUAUAGUUUUAAAAAUAAGCACUGAACCGAUCAAGUAGCAAAAAAGCUACGAAAUGCAUUAAAGUUCAUUAAAAUUUGCUACAAAGAAAUAAAUGCCUUCACAUAUACAAUGUAUUUACAAAGAUAUUUUAAAUUUGCUAUGUAUUUUAGGCUAUUUGAGCUCACUUGCUUUGCGUUUUGCUACCUAUAUGUUGUUAUAUGAUAAAUAAAUAUAAUGUAUUGUAAUUUCCAUUGUAGUAAUCAAAUAUGUGCAAAAUAAUUAUAAUAAUAUUUCAAAUAAAGUUUGGUGAAUUUCCUGACUACAAUAAAAGAUAUAUGUAUAUCUUUUCGGCAAUUGUUUUUUAAAAUAAAUUUUUAUAUAAAUAAGGAGCUAUUAAAGCUAAAAUUGAUGAUCUCAGAUAAUAUUUUCAAAUAGUACUUGUACACCGCCAAAUUCCUCAAUGGGUACUGGAACAAACUCCUAAGCAAUUUAAAUUUAUAGUGGCAACUUCAACAGCUGUUUGUCACUUUGACGUCUCUCUGACAACUGCUGUGGCUUGUAUAUUUUACCGUGCUUCGACCGGAGAAUUACAUACAAUAUUUGUGAACAUCAAAAUAUGUCGAACGUGAUUGAUCCUAUAAAACUCCUGACGGAUAAAGGUGAACGUCAACCAGCGUUCUUGAACGAUAUCUUUAAUCCAUUAGUGUGUUCGAUACUUGGAUUUGGUUGUGCAGCCUUUUUGAAUUUCGGUUUGAGAAAGCCAGUAUUCUCGGGUAUUCAGAAUCAUGUAGCCUUCUCAGCUAUAGGUGGCGGUUUGGGCCUGUACUUUGACAAGAAGAGGAACGAGCAUCUUGCCAAACGCGAUGCUGUACUGAGGCAUUACAUUGAAUUGCACCCUGAUGAUUUUCCAACAAAGGAGCGCAAGAAGUACGCUGACGUUUUGGAAGCAUGGGUACCUAUCAGAUAAAUAUGCCGGAUAAUGCGGGUAAUCCUAUAAUCGAUGAAAUCAAAUCGAAAAUGCUUUAUUCUGCUUGGAAUAUAAUUGGCAUAGAACAACGUUAGUUAUUAAUUCGACUAUAGCAGACGCAAAAUAAAUAAAAAACUGGGUUUAAUACCAAUAAACAGUUAAUAUUUAUUUUAUAGACUGAGAAUUAUAGAAAACUUAUUGAAUUGAAA